UUGACAGAACGGACUGUCCUUUACUAGAGCAGAACUGUAGAAGUGUAUUUUACAUCGGAGAUGUUGACAUUUUAUCUGUGUUACUCUGCUUAUAUGCAUGGGCUCCUGUUCAACAGAGACUGGCAGAGAAAACAGUGCGAGUGAGGGAGAGAGAGAGGGAGGGAGACAGAGAGAGAGAGAGAGAGAGAGACAGGAAGAGGGAAAAAAGAGAGAGAAGUAACAGCUGUCCUGGAUUAAUCUAAGUUUCUGUUGAGGGAACCACAAUGGAGGCAAAGGAGGAAGACAGAGCUACCCAGGACACACUACCAAAACAAGAAGAGGUGUCUGAAGAAAUGUGGGGAGAAAACCUAAAUAAAUUCAUCAGUCAGAAGACAGAAGAUAAAGAGAGUACCUAUUGUGAGGUUAGAAAACUAAAGAAAGAAGAGGCAUCUCUGCAAAAGAGAAGAGUACAGCAAGUCAAGCUGAUUAGUCCGAAGGAAAGAAAAGAACAGAGUGCUAUACUUAAGGUACAGACCACAGAACUGAAGAAAGAUGUAACAUUUGUGCAAAGGAGGAGAAAACAGCCAAGCAAGCAGAUUAUUAUGAAGGACAAACAAAAGGAGGAAGAGGAGGAAGUGGUCUGCUGUGAGAUGCUGUCUCUGGACUAUGGUUUAACACUAGAUGAUACAGAUUCUUCUGAUGAAGAUAUGUCACCCUGUUCCUGGCUCACUGGGUCACCAAGAAGCUUAAAGUUCAGGCAAGUUACUGUGAACAAUGACCCCGAAGUUUACAUGAAUUUUAUGAAGCAGCAUCACUGUUAUGACGCCAUUCCUACCAGCUGCAAACUAGUUAUCUUUGACACCACAUUACAGAUCAAGAAGGCAUUCUUUGCUUUGGUGGCCAAUGGUCUCAGAGCAGCAACACUCUGGGACAGUAAGAAGCAAAGAUAUGUGGGAAUGUUAACAAUCACAGACUUUAUAAAUUUCCUCUAUCAAUACUACAAGUCACCCAUGAGUAUCGUAGGCCAAUCUAUCAAGCAAGGAUAUGAUGACGUGUCUGAAAAAGAACAUUGCAGGAUUAAGGUACAAAUUUAUGAAUUAGAAGAACAUAAAAUUGAAACCUGGAGAGAGAUCUACCUGCAGAGCUCUUUCAAGCACUUGAUUAGCAUACCUCCUACAGCAAGCCUAUUUGAUGCAGUUUAUUCCCUGAUUAAGUACAAGAUCCAUCGACUGCCUGUGAUUGACCCCAUUUCUGGAAAUGUACUACACGUCCUCACUCACAAACGUAUUCUCAAGUUUCUACACAUAUUUGGUUCAGCUAUUCCUAAGCCACGUUUUCUGCAGAAAAAUGUAGAGGAGUUGGGAAUUGGUACUUUUGAGGAUAUCGCAAUGGUGAAUGAGAAUGCAUCUGUACACACAGCCCUAACUAUUUUUGUAAAGCGACGUGUGUCGGCACUGCCAGUGGUGGAUGGAAGUGGUAAAGUCGUAGGUCUUUAUUCCAGAUUUGAUGUCAUUAAUUUGGCUGCCCAGAAAUCAUACAACAAUUUGGAUAUUAGUGUUAAAGAAGCUCUACAGAGGAGAAUAUACUGUGUUGAAGGAAUAAUAUCAUGUUACAGCCAUGAGAGCCUGGAAACGAUCAUUGAUCGAGCUGUAAAGGAACAGGUUCAUCGUUUGGUGCUUGUAGAUGAGGACAAUCAUGUCAAAGGGAUUGUAUCGCUCUCAGACAUUCUUCAAGCUUUGGUGUUGACGCCAGCAGGUAUUGAUGCUCUUUUCACGUGAUCUCUGCCCCUCGGAACUCUGCUUUGAAAACCAUUCCACAUUCUUCGGCUCAGGGAUGAAGUCAUUUUCAGAUGAAGAAUUCAUCUAAAUGAACUAUUUCCAUCUGCAUUCAUUUCUCAAAGAAAACUAUUGCACAAAGGGAUACAGAAGGUCUAUCUUGAGAGAAACUUCCACAAGCCCUCAAGGCUUUAAAAGAUUCACUGUGUGUAUCUGCUUGUAUGUCUGCAUGUUUCUCAUACUCUCUUGCAUUACAAUUUCUAUUACUAAAGUAGAGUCCAAGAUCUGCAGUGUAAUAAGACAAUGGUGUUUGACCUGCUUCCUCUACCAGGUGCUACAGUCAAACCACAACUGCAAGACAAUGCAGCUUCAUAGCAUGAAAUGAACAAGCAGGCUUUGUAAUAUGGCAAUGAAACUUCUAAGCAAUAAUGUAUCAGAAUAUAAUAUCAUGAAAACCUUCACCAUUCAUACCCUUUGUUAAGAAUCUGACUAAUUUUGUUCACCUGCUAGCACUGUGAACAUCCUUAUUAUUUCACCUUCUGUACACACUUUUAAAUUAGAGCCACCAGCAUAUUUGUGAAAAGAGCUUAAUGCAUGGAAGUAAAGGCCAUUUUUGCCAUCAGUCUACUCACACUCUUAUCUGAUCACUUUUUACCAGCAGGCCAUAUCUGAUGCUCAGAUAUCUAUUUUGGUUUUGCCUCUUCCAUCACAAACAGCAUCCCUACUGCAUGCACUUUAUUUAAGGCAUUAACCAUACUUU